GGGAGGUCGACUGCUCCUGGGGGUGUCCGCCCUCACCCCACGCCCCUGGCCCCCUCCCUGAAGGGCACGCCGUCCUCCCCGGCCGACCAGCCUCUUUCCCAUCCCCGCGCUCCUAACGGUCUUUAUCCGGCCCCGCGGAAGCCUUGCCCGGGGCCCUCGCCCCCAUCCUCUGCCGGGCCCGCCCGGGGGCCCCCGACCCUCAUGCCCGGCACUCCCCGGAGGUUUCCCCAAUGUUCCUCGGGUUCUUAUCGGAAUUAGCUGGGCCCUGCGGGUCUCAAAGUGCAAGUGUUCCAUGACUUUGGCUAACGCUCCAUGGAGGCUUUUCCUUUUAACAAAGCACCUUGACUGGGUUUUAUUUCUUUUCAGCCAGCGACAUUAGUGCUUGGUCAUUGGGGUCUCCUUCCUCCCUGUUGUCCGGCGGUGUUAAACACCUUAGUCUUUCCUGCCAUGCUGGGCUCUUCCCAGCCCAUCUCCUCUGAUGCAGCAGCUCCCUGGCCACGGCCCUUCGCACUUUGCCCUUUUUACUCCCUUUUCAGGUUAACUUUAGAGAGACCCACUUACUCAGUCACUACUACAAUUACCAGUGAGCUUCCAGGUCCGGUCCAGAGUAGGGCCCUGUCGCGCGGGAGAUGCUAAAAAUCAGUACUUGUUGGCCGACUCUUUCUUUUUCCACACUCUCUGCCCAAGUCUUACUCCCCUCUUGGUUCUCAUUGCUCUUUGCUCAGAGAUCAGCCUCCAGAUAACUGCUCCAUUGCCCCUCUGAGCUGAUCUGCCAGUUGCAACUUAGACCCCCCAGUCUAUUGCCUCUGCAGCUGCAACACCUUGGGUACCAACAGGCUGUCUCAUUUGCUGCUCACUGUGUGGGAGUUUGAGCUCUGGCUCCUGGGUCAGUACUGUUCCCUGUGCAGUCUCGGCCACCCACCCUCACCCCAGCUCCAAUUUUAUUUCCUAGAUUGUAGGGCUAACAUGUAAUUGUGAAGGGUUGAGACAGAUCUGGAUUUUAUGUUGGCUGCCAUGGCCUGUGGACCAGGGGCCUUGAAGGUUGUCCCAUAUAGGGAUUACAGUCAAGUGAGUUGUAAUUUUUGACCGCUGGCUUGGCUUUUUCAGCCAGUAGACAUACUAACAUUGUGAAUAAUUUGAUGAUUACAGGACCCACUUUGCCCUUUAACGCUUGUAAUUGGAGUUUGGGAUAGCAAAAAUAGCCCACUUUAGAGCAGAGAAGGUGAGAAGAGGUGGCCGUGUGAAGGGUUUUUAAAAUUUUAAUGAAUUUAAAAUGGUUUAAAACUCACAAAGUAUGCUUGUGAGUUUAAGGUGAUUCCUGCUGCCUGUGCGCCCGUUUUCCUCUGGGUUAGAGUGUCUAGGGACAUCAGGGUCUCCUGUCCGGGCAGCUGCAGCCACCUUCCUUGUUUUCCCUGGCUGGGGCCCAACACUGGGCAAGUGGGCAGAAGAGAUCAAAGCGAGGUAAAGUGUGAAAGGGCUUUGAAAACCAGUAGACAUGCCAAGGGGCAUUAUUUGUCAUGAUAGCUCAGUGUAGAGAGCUGGGGUAGUAGACCAGCUGCGGGGUACCAUGGGCUUGUGCCCCAUUUUAAGCCUCAAAAGAGUUUUCAUCCUACCGCACAUGGAAAAUAUCCAUCCUGAGAAAGGGCGGAGUCACCUCCAGCUUGGGGCUGGGCUGUUUCUGUUUGCUCGAAUGUUAGGGAAUCUGGGACUUCACUUCCAUUAGCAGUGGUACCUUUCUAUGCCAAGGCACAAUACCCUCUGGAUGGGGGCUAAUUUUAGGGGUGAUGGAGUGAGGAAAUAAUGUUCUUAAUUUAGUGUGUACCGGGGCUGUUUAUUCUCUGGAUCUUUUCCUUCACCAUUGAGUUCUGAACUCCAGAAAACAGGCUCCCCUUCUGUUCCCUCAAGCCUAUUGUGAGCACCCAGGACCUGGGGUGUCCUCUCCUCUUGACUCCAGCAGGGGGCAGUCUUUUAAUGGCAAUAAUUAAGGUGCUGGGGAGUGAGGGUAUACUGAGGCCUGAGAAAGGGCGGGCUGGGCAAGGGAGAGAGCUGGAUGAGGCAGACAGGUGCUGAGUGCAGGGUCAAGAGGUGGGGCCAAGCUGGGGUGAGCCUGUGAGGAGCGCCUUCGAUUAAGCAGCCAGGCAAGGAUGCUGUCCCUGGUUCUCCACCUGCCACGUUGCCCUCUCUUCCUUUACUGGCAAGGGAUCCAGACUCUUGGCUUUGAGAGUUUGAGAUUGAGAAUCUUAGGGUAAUGUUUUGUUUAAUCUGUUCAUUUUCUCAAGGAUUUCUUUCCCUUCUGGCAGGAUUUCAGAUGUCUCUCAGGGGACAGUGUAAUUAGGGAAUGAUCUCCUUGCUCUUCACAGGGGAGAAUGAGCUGGAGUAAAUUUGGUUUCUCUUGCCUUCCAUUCAUCUCCACAAACACGGAAGCUGCAUUACCUGUGCUCUUCGCACAGGGGAGGUGUCUCAACCAUGGGACUGUUGACGCUUUGGGCCAGAUAAUCUUUGUUGUGGGGCCACCCUUUGCACUGUAGCAUGUUCAGCCACAUCCCUGGCCUCUACUAUCUAGAUACCAGUAGCACCUCUUAGUUAUGCCAAUCAAAAGUGUCUCCAGAUACUGCCAAAUGUUCCCCUGGAGAGCAGAGUCACUUCCAGGUGAGAACCCUGGCUUGGAGGCAGCCUGUGGUAGAGAAGCACCUGUUUCGAGGGCUGGGAACGUGGGGUGGCAGAUACACUGCUUCACAAUGCUUCCUUUGUUCUGAAAGGGCCAGGCAGCCCCCAGCUUCUGGGACCAGGUCCUCUUCUGGCUGGGUCCACCUAGGGCUUGACUUUUUUCUCCAGCUGCUCAUUAGCUUCUUGUCUCGACUGCUUCUCCUUGUCUCUGCAGUUUCCCUGCCUCUCACACUGGGAGCUGCUUUCCUUCAGUCUGCUCUGUACAAGCAAGACAGAAAGGCAGAGGCCAGUAGUGGGAAGCGGCAAGGAGCACUGCUGCUCCCUGGAAGGGUGACAGGGAUCUUUCCUAGAUGUGAAGGUCCUUCCCUGGGCACCACUGCGGUCAGACCAACAUCCAGUAGCUUAGGGACCCUGGUUCACUCCAGCAUAGGCCCCUGUUUGAAGAAAGCCUGGCCCCUGCCCCCCCCCCUGCUUCCCCAGCAAGUCUGCCAGGUUUUCCCCCAUCGUGGCUGUUUCGUGAACUCAUGGUGUGAGUGGCACGUGAUUGGCUUAGGUGUUUGGAGAGUGAAUGCUAGGUCCCCCGCUCUGCUCACCCCUUCCAACCACUAGGACACGCCCAGUUCCACAAUGGCAGCAGAGACCCUCAACUUUGGGCCUGAGUGGCUGAGGGCCCUUUCCAGCGGUGGCAGUGUGGCCUCCCCACCCCCAUCCCCUGCCAUGCCCAAAUACAAGCUGGCUGACUAUCGCUACGGGCGAGAGGAGAUGCUGGCUCUCUAUGUCAAGGAGAACAAGGUUCCUGAUGAGCUGCAGGACAAGGAGUUUGCUGCAGUGCUGCAGGAGGAACCACUGCAGCCCUUGGCACUGGAGCCUCUGACUGAGGAGGAGCAGAGAAACUUCUCCCUGUCAGUGAACAGCGUGGCCGUGCUGAGGCUGAUGGGAAAAGGGGCUGGGCCCCCCCUAGGUGGCACCUCCCGUGGCAGGGGCAGCACUCGGAGCCGAGGCCGCGGCCGCGGUGACAGUUGCUUUUACCAAAGAAGCAUUGAAGAAGGCGAUGGAGCCUUUGGCCGAAACCCCCGGGAGAUCCAGCGCAGCCAGAGUUGGGAUGACAGAGGCGAGAGGCGGUUUGAGAAGUCAGCCAGGAGGGAUGGAGGUACGGAGAAUGCUCGAUCCGGGUUUGAGGAGGGAGGGUCUGGCCUGAGGAAGGAACAUGCCCGCUCAGAUAGCGAGAACUGGCGUUCUCUCCGAGAGGAGCAAGAAGAGGAAGAAGAGGGCAGCUGGAGACUUGGGGCAGGACCCCGGCGAGAUGGCGACCGCUGGCGCUCAGCCAGCCCUGAUGGUGGUCCCCGCUCUGCUGGCUGGCGGGAACAUGGGGACCGGCGUCGCAAGUUUGAAUUUGAUUUGCGAGGGGAUCGAGGGUGUGGUGAAGAGGAGGGGCGGGGUGGAGGAGGCAGCUCUCACCUCCGGAGGUGCCGCGGGCCUGACAGCUUUGAUGAUGAGAAGGAUGGGCUCCCGGAGUGGUGUCUAGACGAUGAGGAUGAGGAAAUGGGCACCUUUGACGCCUCUGGGGCCUUCUUGCCCCUCAAGGUAUCUGAGGUGAAGGGCCCCAAGGAGCCCAUUCCUGAGGAGCAGGACCUCGACUUUCAGGGCCUAGAGGAAGAGGAGGAAGAGCCUCCAGAAGGGCUAGAUGAGGAGGGACCUGAGGCAGGGGGGAAGGAACUGACCCCACUGCCUCCCCAGGAAGAGAAGCCAAGCUCCCCGUCCCCACUGCCUACCUUGGGCCCACUCUGGGGAGCUAAUGGGGAAGGUGAUGAGGCUGUGGAGAAAGACCUGCCAGCAGCUGAAGGAGAUGAUAUGAGGGAAAUGCAACUGAGUCCUGGGGUGGGCUCUCCUCCUGGCCCACCUGGAGACCUGGAAGAUGAUGAAGGCUUGAAGCACCUGCAGCAGGAGGCAGAGAAACUGGUGGCCUCCCUGCAGGACAGCUCUCUGGAGGAAGAGCAGUUCACGGCUGCCAUUCAGGCGCAGGGACUGCGCCACUGUGCUGCUGUCACUGCCCUCCCCCUAAGCCACGGUGCCGCUCGGAAGUGGUUCUACAAGGACCCGCAGGGGGAGAUCCAAGGCCCCUUCACAACACAGGAGAUGGCAGAGUGGUUCCAGGCAGGCUAUUUCUCCAUGUCCCUGCUGGUGAAGCGGGGCUGUGAUGAGGGCUUCCAGCCUCUGGGUGAGGUGAUCAAGAUGUGGGGUCGUGUGCCCUUUGCUCCAGGGCCCUCACCACCCCCACUGCUGGGAAACAUGGACCAGGAGCGACUGAAGAAGCAACAGGAGUUGGCGGCAGCAGCCUUGUACCAGCAGCUGCAGCACCAGCAGUUUCUUCAGCUAGUCAGCAGCCGGCAGCUCCCACAGUGUGCGCUCCGGGAAAAGGUGGCUCUGGGGGACCUGACGCCACCACAGCAGCAGCUCAGCGCAUUCCUGCAGCAGCUCCAAGCUCUCAAACCCUCCAGAGGUGGGGACCAGAACCUGCUCCCGACGAUGAACCGAUCCCUAUCGGUGCCGGAUUCAGGCUCCCUCUGGGACAUACAUACCUCAGCCUCAUCACAAUCAGGCGGUGAGGCCAGUCUUUGGGACAUACCAGUAAACUCUUCGACUCAGGGUCCAAUUCUAGAACAGCUCCAGCUGCAACAUAAAUUCCAAGAGCGCAGAGAAGUGGAGCUCAGGGUGAAGCGAGAGGAGGAGGAGCGCCAGCGCCGGGAGGAGAAGCGACGCCAGCAGCAGCAGGAGGAGCAAAAGCGGAGGCAGGAGGAAGAGGAACUGUUCCGGCGUAAGCAGGUGCGGCAGCAGGAGCUACUACUGAAGCUGCUACAGCAGCAACAGGCUGCCACCGUGCCCCCUGCACCCAGCUCCCCGCCCCCACUCUGGGCCGGUCUGGCCAAGCAGGGAUUGUCCAUGAAGACGCUGCUGGAGCUGCAGUUGGAGGGUGAGCGGCAACUGCACAAGCAGCCCCCGCCUCGGGAGCCAUCGAGGGCCCAGUCCAACCACCGCGUGCAGCUUGGGGGCCUGGGCGCUGCCCCCCUGAACCAGUGGGUAGCUGAGGCUGGGCCACUGUGGGGCGGGCCGGACAAGAGUGGGGGCAGCAGCGGCAGCCUGGGGCUCUGGGAGGACACCCUCAAGAGCAGUGGGAGCCUGGCCCGCAGCCUGGGCCUGAAGAACAGCCGGAGCAGCCCCUCUCUCAGUGACUCGUACAGCCACCUCUCAGGUCGGCCUGUGCGCAAAAAGACCGAGGAGGAAGAGAAGCUGCUGAAGCUGCUACAGGGCAUCCCCCGGCCCCAGGAUGGCUUCACCCAGUGGUGUGAGCAGAUGCUACACACGCUGAGCACCACAGGCAGCCUGGAUGUGCCCAUGGCUGUAGCGAUCCUCAAGGAGGUGGAGUCCCCCUACGAUGUCCAUGAUUAUAUCCGUUCCUGCCUGGGGGACACGCUCGAAGCCAAAGAAUUUGCCAAACAGUUCCUGGAGCGGAGGGCCAAGCAAAAAGCCAGCCAGCAGCGGCAGCAGGAGGCUUGGCUAAGCAGUGGCUCCCUGCAGACAGCCUUUCAGACCAACCACAGCACCAAACUCGGCCCUGGGGAGGGCAGCAAGGCCAAGAGGCGGGCACUGAUGCUGCACUCAGACCCCAGCAUCCUGGGGUACUCCCUGCAUGGACCUUCUGGUGAGAUCGAGAGCGUGGAUGACUACUGACCAGCCCAUCCCACCAGGCCCCUGGGCUGUGGGCCAGGGGUGGCAGCAGCUUGGACCUUUGGGUCCCCAGCCUGCAGGCUCCCCAUGAGGAGCACAGGAGGAAGCAGGGGCAGGGUCCCCAGCACUUGUUACAAACCACACGAUGCACCUUAACUCACCCACCACGAGGCACUUUACAGAUGGGGGGAAGGGUUUUUUUGUUUUUCUUUUCUUUUAAAAAAAUUUUUAAAACAUUGAAAAAACCAUUAGGAAAGACAAAAAAAAAGUUGUUGAAAGCUACACUCUGAUCACUGCCUUCCCCCUGUGGGGAUAGUGGAGGUGACAAUGGAAGGUCCGCUGUUUCCUUUUUUUUUUUUUAAGAAAAAGAAAAACAAUGAAAAAAAAGGUUAGGAGACUGAAAGAAAAAACACACUGUUAUUUUGGGGCAGUGGGGACUUGGGCCCCAUGGACCUGUCCUGUCUGGCCCUCAGGCUGCACUUACCCUCCCUACCCUGCAAGGUGGGCCACUGGGGUAACUGGAAGCUGGGGUGCCAGCAGUUUGCACAGCGAGGCCUCCUCAGCCCCGCCGGCCGGACCCGCUGUGAACGGCUCCCUUGUUGCUGUGACUGGCACAGAUGUCCAGGAUGGGGGCCCAAGUAGCCCCUUGGCUUUGCUGCUUUGGGGGAAAGUUGCACAAAUGGGCCAGGCUGCCUCAGCUCCCUGGCUGCCAUCCUCCGCUGGCUGAUGGAAUUGAUGGGAGAGGGCUGGCCAGUGCCAACCUCAUAAGGCCAUCAGGGCAGCAGAACUUCCACUCUGCCCUGGUGAGGGGCUUCCCCUGUCGCUGCCAUUUGGGGGUCGACCUAGGUGUGAAGCUGCAAGCCCCAGCCCCCUGCCUUGCCACAUGAAUGUAUUCUUCGGGCCACAAGCCCCUGCUAUACCCCCUACCUCAACCUUGAGGGAGGGUGGGGGUGGAGCAGUUCCUCCAGGCUGGAGAGAGGCACCACUACAUGACUUCCUCCUGUGAAGGUGGGGAGGGGAGGGGCCCAGGAGGCCAAAGGAGGGGGUGGCUUGGGAAUUGGCAUUGCAGUGCCGGGGGUGUUAGAAGGGAGCCCCCACCUGCAAGCCAGCUGUGUGGGAUGUGGACCACCUGGCUCUGCCCUGACCCCCUCCAUUGACCAUAUGGGGGAGGAGUGCAUGGCCUCCUCCUUGCCUGCUCCUUUGACUAGUUGGGUAAGGUGGGGGUCAAGAAUAGAAGUCUCUCUUGGGUCACGGGUAGGUCGUGCUUCUGUUGCUCACCCACUUUGCAAUCACCUACCUGGGUAUGUCUCCAUUUGUGUGUGUUUUUUUAACAGCUCUGUCUUUUCGGUUUCUCAUCUGAUUUCUCCCAUGACCUCAUUGCUGAGAGCGCAGUAUUAGGGCAGGAUUCUGCCACUGCCUCCCCUCCAUGAAUGUAUUUAUCCUUCCUGCCCUGGGGACAUGGGGAGUGGCCCCCAUUUUCCCUUCUGUCCCUAGAGAGUUUUUUGUGUUUUUUUUUGCACCAAAGUGGCAACUGGGUCAGUGUUGGGGGUAAAGCUGGCCUUCGGGGUGGAGGAGCUCCCUCCACCUGCUUCUCCCUGGUUUCAACAGUGUUAGCGUCCGUGAAAAGACAAUAUCUCUCUAAAGCAAUAAGGGGGUGAUGGGCCAGGGGGAGAUGUCUUGCUGCUGCUGGCCCCCCAACUCCCCCUUUCCUCACGCCAGUGUGUGGUGGCAUCAGAGGUGUUGGGGGAGUGCUGUUGUGACUGAAUGUAACCCCCCCACCCCUGCCCCAGCCAAUGUAGGGGGGGAUGACACUUCCCUGUCUCUUCCUUCCCCUCCCUCCCCCCAAAGAGACUGAACUUGGGGGGGGGGGUUUGAGCCUGGAGAGGCCUUAACCCUGUGAGGAAGUGUAGGGGGAGCCCUCUCCCACCCCUAUCCCCUUCUGAGAGUGGUCAAUGUUUACAAGCCCCUGAGCUCCCCAGCCCAGGGACUCCACCCUGUCACUGUCUGUUGCAGCCCCAUCCAGCUUACUGGGCCAUCUGCUCUUCUGCCCUUCCCAGGGCUGUGCUGGGUACAAGGGUCAUCCUGUGUCCCCUUGUCUGCCUUGUACCUGCAGUCUCCCCCUACCCUGUGUGACUUCCCUUUCUACCCAUCCCUGUAAAUACUCCCCUAACCCCCAAUAAAACUUGGUGUGUGUUCUCCCUU